UUUUUUUUUUUUUUUUUUUUUUUUUUUUUGCUAAUUUGAAAUAAAUUUCUUAUCUUUUUUUUUCACAUUGCAUAGUUCAUACAUGUAUGUCUUCUCCUAUGAAUCAUCCCAAGAAAAAUCAUAAAUAUAUAUCAACAUAAGUUAAUUACUACUUACUAUAGCGAAAAAUUUUAAUGAAAAAAAAUAAAUAAAUAAAUAAAAAGAAAAUUAUUAUCGCAAAUCCCGUUCGAUAUUAUAAAUCAAGGAAUUAAUAUUUUACGUGUAGCAUGUAAGACUAAAAAAAAAUAAAAUGCUGCAGUUAUUAUUGAUUAUUAGAUAGCUUCAUCAAAACAUAUAUUUAUUUUUUAUCGUUAAGUUACAAAUGCGUGAUAAUUCAGGCCUUUGUAUAUAUGGCCUAUUUGUUUAAGGCUUAUUUAAGCUUUUUGUUUUUGAAAACGUAGUACUCAAAUAAAAGAAGUCAUUGCGUUUGAAUUUUUCUAAUCUAUUUGAAUAAUUUAUCUAUCCUACAAAAUUGCAUUAAUAUAUCAUUUGGAUACAUUUAAUUUUCUUUAGAAUUUAUCAACACAUUACGUUAACAAAUUUUGCCUAGUUUUGUUCGCAACUAUAAUAAGGAUCAUUUAGUACAUAAAUACUUACGAGCAUUAAACGUAAUUCACGAUUAUUUGGAUGAACUUGUAUUUGUAAGUACUCCUAUUAUAAAUUAGUCUAAUUUACGAAAAAAACAAUUGUGUCACUACUGUUUGUUUUUACUAUUAAUAAAUCUGAUAAUAAUGCAAUAUAAUUAAUUGCAUGAUUAGAAAAAAAAUUCCAAGAACGUCCGCAGCGAGGCACUGCAUGCAAAUGCAUCUAGUGACAUCUAUGUAAACAAAUCAAGAAUUGUUUAACUCUUUAAUUUAAAUAUUAGCAGAAAUGCAAGGAAAAGUAACUACUUAACAGUAUUUUUUUCUAAAUUUAUACAAAAAUUAAUCAUUAUAUUAGUCUCUGUUAAUUUGUAUUAUUCUGUGUUUAUGUUAUAAGUUUAUAAAAAAUAUGUUUCAAAAUGAAGACUGGAGUAGUGAUGAGGAAUAUUCGCAAUAUCUAGAUGAUAAAGCACGAGAGUUCUUCUCACAGGGUGAAAAUGAUGAAACAAAAUUUCCUGCUAAAAAACGCAAAUUAGAUAAUGAACAACAAAGUACAACGAGCAAUAACAAAGAAGAGUCUAAUAUGAUCGGCGUAGGAUUUAACAGAAAUCAAAAACAAUGCUUUGAAAAUACCAUUUCUUCAGAAAAUGAUGGAAAUAUACAAAGUUCGAGAAGGAAAAUGGUUCUUGAUAUUUUUUUCAAAAAAAAUGCCCAGAAUGUAACAGAUAGUACUGAUAGUGUUUCUAAUACUUUUGUGCCUACUCGUUCUCGAAGUGAGAAUAUUCUAAAUAGAGAGAAAAGCAAAGGUGAUUGUAAUGACUCGGAAAUCAAAUUACAAAAAUCAAAUUCUUAUACAAAUAAAAGUCUUCUUGAUAACGCAGUUUCUGACGUAAACGAAUACAAUGAAAAAUCAAUCAUAAGAAAAGAUAAUAAUAAGGAACAAGAAGAAUUAGAAAAUAUUAAAGAACAAAUAAAUGAAAAGAUUAACGAUAAUGUACAGGAUAUAUCUCCAAAUUCAAGAAAAUCUUUAUUAAUGCAACAUUUAAAGCCUUCUACUUCAUCUAGUAAAAUAUUCUUAAAUGAUACGAAGUCUUCAUCUUCUAUAUUUAACAUCGAAAAACAGUCUAACAAGAAAACAACUCUUGUAAGAAAAUUUCCAGGACCGGCUGGAUUGUUACCAGAUUUCAUUGACUCUUCUACACUUUCAACUUCAGAUUUAAUAAAUGUAGAAGACAGUAAAGAUGAAACCGUACAAGAUCAGAAAGAUAAUAGCUUAGCAAAGUAUUGUUCUCAGAAUACAAAAUCUUUAUUUUCAGAAGGUGCUUGGCAAAUAAUGUUAAAUGAUUUACCUGCAGAAUUUCUGAAAAAUUACCAAAUAGCAGAAAUUAAAAAAAUUGCUAGUGCAAAUCAGCAUCAGUCUAUUAAAAUACCAUUUCUUGCAGGCAUAAUAGAAAGUAUAGAUUAUAGUCAUGAAAAUCCUCCUAUCAUAUUAAAAGACUUUACAGAUCAAAUUGAAGGAACUCUACAUGCAGAUAUUCCUGCUAAAUAUCCUGGAGCUUUCGACAAAAAUGUUGUCAUUUUAUUACAAAAUGUAGGAUUAUUAUGUAUUUCAGGAACGUUUAUUAUACAUAAAUAUCAUAUUCUAAUUUCGCCUUCAAAUUUAUUGGCAAUUUAUUCUCAUGUAGGAGAUAUUAUACGUACACCGCAUAUGGAACUUUUAAAGAACAAAUUCUCCAUGACUAAUGAAUUUAAUUCGACAAAUUUAUCUCCACUUCAAGAUAAUAAUUAUGAAAUAGAAGAAAGUAGUUGUAAUAAUAUAGAUAUUAGUCAAGAAGAUAUUUUAUCCUUUGAGAAAGAUGACAAAAAAACUUGUAAAAAUCAAAAUCUAUCGCAUAAUUUUAAUAUAGACACAGAUAGUAAUGAAAAAUCUUCAUUGCCAUUGCUGCAAACAUUUUCUGCAAAUACAAAUAUAGUACAAAAUAAAGACAAUAUAAAAAUUGCUGCUGCAACCUGUACAAAUAAAUCCUUACAAAAUAUUGACAAAAUAACGAUAAACAAAAAUAUAGUAGGCUCAAAAAGCAAUGUUUUAGUAAAAGAAAAUAAAGAAAAUUUAAUGAAACAUAAUGAUAGUUUGUCUGUAGAGGUCCCAACAGACGCUUCUUCAAAAUAUUUUGCAGAUCAAAAUACAGAUUGUAGUGAUAAUAGAGAAAAUAACAAGAACAAAUGUAAACUAUCCAGAUUGGAAAAAUUAGCGAGUUUUAAAAGUAAAUAUGUUUUAACAUUGGAAAAAUCAAUUCCCGGAGAUAAUGAUGUGCCUAGUGAAAACGUGGUAAAAAAUAAUAAUAAUAAAUUAGAUAAUAAACAAACGACAUCGAUCGACGAUAAUUGGGCUGCAAAUAUAUUUUGUGAUAGCAAUAAUGAUUCCGAUGAUGAAAUGUUAUCGCAAUUAGAUGUAGACAGUAUAUCUACUUUUACCUAAAAGAAAAUUAAACAUUUAUUAUGUCAAUUAUUUCCAUUUCAAAUAAUUACGCAUUUAAAAAUUUAGGAAACAUAUUUAUUUGGUAUUUGUAUUGUAUAAAUCUUUUGUUUUCAUAUGUAUUAAACUUUUCUACUAAUUAGUAUUACGAUUAUAAUAAAUAAUGCUCCUAUGUUAUUAUAACAUAU